AAGCCCUGGUGUUCUCAGGGGAAGUCGAAUUUUAGGAGAUCGGUGAGAGAAAUCGGAGAGAUGGGGAGCUCCAACACCGGAGGAGCCAAGGACGAGAGCCCUGCUGACGGGGGUAAGGCUCGCGCUGUUCGCUCCGGUUCUGAGUCGCCUGACGGCGCUGCAGCUACGUAUUUUGAAGGGGAGAAGGUUCUGGCGUACCAUGGCCCUGCAAUCUAUGAAGCUAAGGUGCAAAAAUCAGAGUUGCGAAAGGAUGAAUGGAAAUAUUUCGUCCAUUACCUUGGUUGGAGUAAGAACUGGGAUGAAUGGGUUGGGGCUGAUCGCUUGCUGAAGUAUAAUGAGGGUAAUAUUCGCAAGCAGCAGGCGCUCAAGAAGCACUCAAGUGCAGAUAAGAAUGCCAAGUCAGGACGGACAACACAAAAUAAGCCAAAAGGCUCCACUGUGACUAGAGGUAAAAAGCGGAAGGGUCAGUCAAGCAUUGAGGAGAAGGAAACUAGGUCACCUGAGAAGGCUUUCACAAUCCAGUUCCCUUUGACUCUAAAGCAACAACUGGUUGAUGACUGGGAGUUUGUAACUCAGCUUGGUAAGCUUGUCAAACUUCCUCGAACCCCAAAUGUUGAUGAAAUAUUGAAGAAAUAUCUUGAAUAUCGGUCAAAGAAAGAUGGCAUGGUUGCUGAUCCAAUUGCAGAAGUCCUGAAGGGCAUACGGUGUUACUUUGAUAAAGCAUUGCUGCCUAUGCUUUUGUACAAAAAGGAACGCCAACAGUAUCAUGAAGUAGUCACUGAUAAUAUUUCUCCCUCAACCAUAUAUGGUGCUGAGCACUUAUUGCGCCUCUUCGUUAAGUUGCCAGAAUUGCUGACAUAUGUCAACAUGGAAGAGGAGACACUCACAAAGUUACAGCAGAAGCUUUUGGACUUUCUCAAGUUUCUCCAGAAGAACCAAAGCUCAUUUUUCCUUUCUGCUUAUGAGGGUGCCAAAGAUGUUGAUGAAGCAGAUGAGGAAGAGUAGUCAUCAAGCACCAUUUCAUAGCCUUUCUUUGGCAGAUGUUACAUAUCAGAAAGCGAUCAACUUAUCUUGUAUGUUAGUUCUUUCUUUCAAGAUUCAAGGAAGUUCAUGCAGGUUACAAUUUCCCUGUCUGGUUAAAUCAGUGUAUCAUAUGGGCUCCUUGUUUACCUAAAGUUACCUAAAUUUGUCUUAGGUUAUAGAUUUCCCUCUUGAGGGGGCCAUGACUGUUCUUCCAGUGCCUUCACAAAUUGUUACCAUCUUCAGCAAGUUCUGUCACAACCGUAACUGUAAACAAAUAAUUGUUCUUGGGAGAAAUUCAAUCCAUGUUGAUUUCAUCGCC